AUGUAUAACAGAAAUCUGGCUCCUGGCUUCCAGUGCCUCGCUCCUGUGCUAAUAUUGCAAGAUCCAGCAGAGCUCUUUGAGUCACCCUUUCGUUACUUUGGUCACACGGUUCCUCUGAGCUGGAGGAUACCAGGUGAGGAUAAGAUGGCUGAGUUCCUGGGUCAUCCCAAACAGUACUUCAGCCCAGAUGGAUUUAACUAUUUCUACCUGAAGAACCUGAUGUCCUUGGACUUUGGGCAGGACAACACUCUGGAUCCAGACGACCCGCAUGUUGAGGGGGUCAUCAAGGUCAUCGCAGAGCGUUUUCACUUAGUCACGCUAUUGGGGCACUUUGAGGAAUUCCUCAUCCUGCUUCGGGAUGCUCUCUGUUGGGAGACGGACGACUUCCUCUUCCUCAAGCUCAACUCCCGUAAGGAAUCCAUCGUUUUAAAGGCCCUGCAGUGGAAUGGCAUUGACUGGAAACUGCACAAACAUUUUAACGCAACCUUUUGGGAGAAGGUGGAGGUUUAUGGAAGACAACGUGUGGCAGGGGAUGUCGCAGAACCAAAGACCAUGGAUGCAGAAUUGAUGGAGAUCUGCAUUGAGGGAGGUCACUCCGUCGAGGCUGAAAGUUAUCAUGAGGAGGCCCUGCUGCCAUUGCAGCCCAUCGGGGAGAAGUCAAUAGAAGGAUACAAUUUGAGAAAAAAAAUGAGCAAAGCACAUCAGGACUUUCAAUAUUUGACAGGCUUGGGGGCUAACAUGUGGGUCAUGUGGCUGUGGGGACAUAUUCACAACAGCACACAGGUGUCCAUAUCAUCCAGUGCAGCGCUGCAGCUUCAGACCUCUUACAGUCCGACCAGCGGCACCCAGGAAAUAAUCUGA